AUGAAGGACCAUAUUGCUGAAAGUUUUUGGAAGAACAAAGAUGUUGGCUAUUCUUUCUCUAAUUUUGUUGGAGCGUCAGGAGGCAUUAUCACGCUUUGGAAGGAGGUUUCGAUAACGGUUCUAUGUAGUUUUGUUGGAGCGGGUUAUAUGGGCAUAAAGGCGAAAUGGAAAAAUGACUUGUAUUAUAUUAUAAAUGCCUAUUCCUCUUGUGACAUUUAUAAGAAAGAACAGCUAUGGAGAGAUUUGUUGUUACUUAAAGGCAAUUUUAUAGAUGGGGAAUGGAUUAUUGACGAAGACUUCAACGCAAUCAAACAUCGUAGAGAGAGGAAAGGGAGGUCCUCUAUUGAUUAUUCUUCCGAAUCUAAUGCUUUUGCGGAAUUCAUUGACCAUUGUAAUUUGAUUGACGUCCCUUGUAAAGGUAAAAGCUUUUCAUGGUAUAGUGGGGAUGGGCGUUCUAUGAGUAGAUUAGAUCGGUUUUUCGUGGCGGAUUCCAUUAUCAACAAGUGGGGUGUGGUUGGUCAACGAAUUUGUUCGCGGGAUAUUUCCAACCAUUUUCCUAUUUGGCUUGUCAAGGAUAACGAAGAUUGGGGGCCGAAAUCUUUUAAAAUCAACAAUGAAUGGUUCACAUUCAAGUCGUUUAUUCCUUUUGUUGAAAAAUCUUGGAAGGAAAUAGUUAUAGAAGGAAGGAGUGAUUUUGUCCUAAAGGAGAAGUUUCGAAUUCUUAAAGAGAGAUUAAGGUGGUGGAAUAGAGAGACUUUUUGGAGGAUUGAUUUAGAGGUGGAAGAAGAGGUGACGGAGAUGAACAAGAGAGACACUUUGUUAGAAGUGGUUGAUGAAGGAGAUUUGAUUAAUAUUAUCAAAGGUAGGAAAGAGGCAUCAAGUCGAUUUUGGUUGAACUUGAGGAUCAAAGAGAAUAUGCUCAUCCAAAAGUCUAGAUUAUCAUGGCUCAAUGAGGGAGAUUCUAAUAGCGGUUUUUUUCAUAAGGUGAUGAAAGAAAGGAGAAGGCAUAAUCACAUAGGUCCCAUUAUCUCUUCUAGGGGCUUGUUAGAAUCGGUCAAUGAGGUCAAGGAGGAAGUUUUUUCUCACUUCGCUUGUAAAUUUGAGGAGACGGAUCGGAAUAGGCUUUCUUUAUAA